GGCCGGGCGACAGCUGGAGGCGCGGACCUGGGGCGGCGACGGCGUAGCGACUCGGGCGUCGGGGGACGCGGCGGACGGCCGCCCCAGAGUGAAGUUCGGGGGCGCCGGGGCUGGGAGGGGUCCCCCAGACGGGGACGCGCGCAGGUUCGCGCGGCUCAGGCCCCCUCCGCCCGCGCCCCGGGACCCGCCCCCGCGGCGGAGCGGCUUCUGUUUACUUUCGAUCGAGUUUUUCCUGCUCGGGGCAGGUGCCCAGGGUGGCUCCGGGCGGAGGGUUACGCGCGGCGCCCGGCGCCCCUCUCUCCGCCCUGCCGGCACCGGGAAACGCGCGUCGGGCGGCCGGGGCAGCGGCGGCCACGGCGUCUCCAGGCGCGCUCACAGGCGUCCGUUUGUGCCCAAGUGAUGACGGCAGCAGCAUGGAGUUCCCGGAGCACGGCGGGCGGCUGCUGGGCCGCCUGAGGCAGCAGCGCGAGCUCGGCUUCCUGUGCGACUGCACCGUGUUGGUGGGCGACGCGCGCUUCCCGGCCCACCGCGCCGUGCUGGCCGCGUGCAGCGUCUACUUCCAUCUCUUCUACAGGGACCGGCCCUCGGGCAGCCGCGACACGGUGCGGCUCAACGGCGACAUCGUCACGGCGCCCGCCUUCGGCCGUCUGCUGGACUUCAUGUACGAGGGACGCCUGGACCUGCGCAGCCUGCCGGUCGAGGACGUCCUGGCCGCCGCCAGCUACCUGCACAUGUACGACAUUGUCAAGGUCUGCAAGGGCAGGCUCAGGGAGAAGGAUCACGCGCUGCAUCCGGAGACCCCCGCCCCUGGGGCAGAGCUGUCAGGCCAGCUCUUGUGCCCCCUGCACGCCUGGACCCCUGAGCUCUGCCCAGCUGCCCAGAAGGCCAGGCUCCCUGGGGCUGGGGUCAAGGCCGCCUUCCCUCCACGAGCGCUGGGGCCUCCUCUCUGGCAGGCCCCAGGAGAGUCAGACCGGGCUCUCGACCUGUCGCUAAAGCCUGGCCAGAGGCGGGAGCCAGUCCACCCACCCUGCAUCCUCCAGGCAGCCCCCUGCAGUCAGAUGCAGCAAGGGGCCCCACGGCCAGUGAAGGACGAGCGCAACUCACUGUCCGAACAGGACAGCGUGGGCCCUCUGGGACCCCACAGCCCUCUACAGCCAUCCUGUGUUCCUGCAGCCAAGCGCCUGGCAGGGGGCAUGGAGCCACUGCCAGUCAGCGGGGUGGGCAGCCAGGAGGUGGAGCUGGAUGCAGAGCCGGGGGCGAGCGACGACGAGCUGGGGCCCGGCGGGCACCUCUGCACAUGCCCACUGUGCAGCAAGCAAUUCCCUAGCGCCCACGAGCUGCAGCUGCACCUCAGCGCCCACUUCCGGGAGCGAGACAGCGCGCGGGCCCGGCUCUCGCCCGACGGCACCAUGCCCACCUGCCCGCUCUGCGGGAAGACCUUCUCCUGCGCAUACACGCUGAAGAGGCACGAGCGCACGCACUCGGGUGAGAAGCCCUACACGUGUGCGCAGUGCGGCAAGAGCUUCCAGUACUCGCACAACCUGAGCCGUCACGCUGUGGUGCACACCCGCGAGAAACCCCACGCCUGCCGCUGGUGCGAGCGCCGCUUCACGCAGUCCGGGGACCUCUACCGCCACGUCCGCAAGUUUCACUGCGGCCUGGUCAAGUCCCUGCUGGUGUGAUGCGGGCGGUGGGAGUGGGGGUGGGGGGGGAGGAGAGACCAGACCUCCCAGGUGGGGCACUGGGAUGGAGUGUGAGGGACCCCGAGCUGGACCCUCCCAGCAGAAAGAACCCUGCUGCCGCCUGGACCUGGACCAGCGGCCUCAGACUCAGAGUGAUUCCUGCAGCCCUCCUCCAUGCCUUUGCCCCCUCCCCCACCCUCCAUCUCACUCUGUCCUGGCGGUGCCCAGACUGUGACACAGUCUUCCUUUCCUGCCAGUUCCAGGGCUGUCUAAAGGGCCCUCAAGUGUGGCCCAAACACCUCGGUGUAGGACGGCCAGUGAAUCCUUUCUCCUGGGGCUUCCCUGACCUCACUGGCAUUUUUGUGAGCCUGGCCCCACUCGGUGAAGGACCAUGAAUCACAGUUCUGGGUGUGAGGCCCUGGACAGGGCGGGCUGUUUCACCGAACAGGCCACUCCUGGUGGUGGCAGCAGAAUCCCCUGCAGGGGAGGCCCCAGGCACACCAGGGGCCAUCGAGGCACAGCUGGUGGGCGGGGGGUGGGUACAGGCCCUAGUGGGGACCCCAGGGCGACAGGAGCAGAAGCAGCCAGAAGCUGACCGGCUGUGGAGUUACAGGCACGGUGUUCGGAGGCAGCUGUGGUCCUGACCGCACUGUAACUCAGGGCAGACAAAGUUGGUAUUUGGAGAUGAUUCUCUUUAAAUGCCAAGCCUCCUGAGGUUGCCAGAUGUCUGCCCGUGGGUGAUGGGCCGUGCCGCCUCCCUGCCUGAGCCAGGGGCCAGGGUGCCUCUGAGCUUCCCGGGGGGGGGGGGGCACAGGGUGGCAGGAAUGCAGCGCUGGACCAUGAGAAUCACAGGCCGCUACUGGGCCUCAGUGGGCCUGGUCCUGAAGGUCACUUGUCCAUCCCUGGAACUGCUGGUCAUUUCCAGAGCCCUGAGCAAGGGCCAGAGGUUGCUCUCCUACCAGGCGUGGACCACUCGUUGUCGGUUUUCUCUUCCCUACAGUGGGGCAUGGGUGAAAGUGGCCAUUGCACAGGGAGGAGUCAGGGGAGAGGGCAGUUGGCCUCUGGGCUGGGGUCACAGCUCCCCACCUUCAUCCACAGCCUUGGGAGGCUGAAGCUCCUACAAUGUGAAAGGCACUGCGUUUGCAGUUGGCGGGGGCCACCCUGCUUUACCCACCUACUCACUGAGUAAAUCUCGCUGCCAGAACCUCAGUGGUUCUGAGCGGGGGCUGCCCCAAGUUCUGGGUUCAGGUGGUAGAGCCGCCUGGGCGCCGGUUUCCCUGGACCACAAGGGCGAUUUCUGCUGUGACUGAAAGUGGUGCUGAGGACAGAGUCCGGCCAAGUUUAAGUUAUUUUCCCUUCUCCUGACAACACUUGAUGUCGUAUUUAUUCACCUGCCUGGUCUUGAGUGAAAGGACCUUCCAGCAGGUGGACAGAUGGGUGCAUCUCCUCGGCUCUCCCUCCCUGUGUGUGGGCGGCCUAUCGAUGCUUGGCGGCUCGGAGGCCCUGGACUGACUGCGGACCAGAGAGCUGGGUGAAGGGCACCUCUGCUUCCCAUCGUCCUGGCCCGGCCCCACCGCCGGAAGGGCCGCGCCGCAUGACAGUGCUCGGUGAUGUACUCUGUGAUUGGAUGUCCUCGUGCGCAUGCGUGCGUCCGCGUGCAUCCCGCAAAUGGCAGGGCUGAGCCGCGACAGCAGUGAUGGGCAGCCAGGGAUGUGGCAGUGGCCCUGGUUUUCCCCAGGGGUUUCCGUAGGGGAAGAAAAGUACUUUCCUGGGGCAGGAAGUGGGCCCUGAGUUAUCAACACUGGAUUCAUUGUCUUCUGCGAGCCGUUACUGUGAAGUUCACGUGAAGAGAAGUGGUCAGUUUUUAAUUUGAUAACCAGCACAGUUCAAAUGAAAUAUACAUAUUUAAGACAUUAAUCGUGUGGGAGCAUGUAGAAGAGGCAUAUGUAGAUGCGUUGUGAGUGGUGCCUGCUGUGUGGGCUUCUCCAGGGCCCACCCUGCCUCCUGCCCCUGGGGGGCGGGGGGCAGGGAGGACACCUGGAGGACAGUCAGUUGUUCACGCUCACUGUCGGUGGGAGAUCGUCUGUGCGCACAGCGUGCCAGCCAAGGCAGUCUGCACUCAGUGCUGUUUCCCUGUGUUCACAUCGUCGUCUUCAUGGUGACAGUGGUGAAUAAAGCCCAUCCGA